AUGUCAGCAAUCUCAAGAUCCGGGCGUCUUCUGCGCCAGCUCCACGCGAAAUCAAUCAAGUCAUCUUCCACCAACAUCAUCUGUCGACAAUUCUCUGCACAACCAUAUCGCCAGACCGAUGGCGUAUUCCGCGCCCUCACAGAUCAGAGGGUCCAAGUGCCAUGGGUUGAAGCAUUCCGGAAGCAACAACAGCGAGCUGGUCGCAAUGCCGAGCCUGCGGCCUCCUCACCAACCACGCCGACACGGGAUCUGACACCGAAGAAGAUGUCCGAUUCGUAUCAUAGUGUCGUCCUACCUUUGGCUCAAGAGCCAUACCUCCUGGACACUUACAUGAAUGCUUCCGGUCAUAUUCGUAUAGGCACGAUUCUGAUGGACCUUGACGCACUUUCCGGAGUCGUCGCAUAUAAGCACACCGGCGAAGGCUACACGACAGUGACCGCUGGUUGCGACCGCAUCACGAUCAAUCAUCCUUUGACUGAGGUUUGCGAUCUCGAGUACAGCGGACGCGUCACGUACGCUGCAGGCGGUAGCAGUAUGGAGAUCACGCUCCAGGUCGCAAAAGCGCCGCAACCGGGCGAAGCACCGAAAGCGGAGGAUGUUAUGAUUGUGUGUCAAUUCACUAUGGUCUCGCUAGACCCGUCAACGAAGCGACCGGCGAAGAUCGCGCCGGUUGUGCCAGAGACGCCUGAGGAGAAAAAUGCCUUUGCUCAGGGCGAGAAGAACAGCAGACGGCGUAAGCAAGCGCUCAAAACGUCUUUGCUCAAACAGACUCCGAAUGAUGCCGAAAGCGAUCUUAUCCAUGAUAUCUGGCGUCGACAACUGGAAUACCACGAUCCAAAUGUUGCGCUGCGAAAACCUGCAAAUGUCCAUUUCAUGGAACAGACACGACUGAGCACCGCCAAUAUUAUGCAACCGCAGUAUCGAAACAGGCAUUCAUUUAUGAUCUUCGGUGGCUAUCUUCUCAAACAGACUUUUGAACUUGCAUUCUGCUGCGCCGCCAGCUUUUCGCACACAAGACCUACUUUCGUGUCAUUGGAUCCUUCAACAUUCGAAAAUCCAGUUCCCGUGGGCAGUGUUCUCUACCUCACUGCUACUGUCGUCUAUACAGAUCCGCCACUCGUGCGCGGCCAGGAAGAUCAGUCAGAGUCCUCCGCGCCUAACGAUGGUCUCACGCGGAUCCAAGUCCGUGUGGACAGCAAAGUGCGGAACGUGGAGCAUGGCGAGACCAAGCCGACCGGACAAUUCAACUACACUUUCACAGUGGACAAGGACAUCAAAGUCAUGCCCAAGACAUACUCUGAAUACAUGAUGUAUCUCGACGCUGGACGUCGUGUCCAGGGAGUCAUGGACAGCUUGCAGCAAGGCAAGACGGAUGCUGGAGCGGUUGAACGUGUAAUAGAGUAG